AUGCCUAUCUUUCAGGAUCCGGAUCGCCAGCAGUAUUACGACUUAUGGUCCGAUGACCACCAUGGCCCCGACGAGGAUGCUCGGCAACAUGCGUCACCCUCUUGGAAACAGUACCAGAACAAUCUGCCCCGGUUCGAUCGCUCUGAAGGGGGUGACAUCUUUCCCGACGACAGGUCGUGGCCGGAGUAUCCUUUAUCGGGCCUGCGUGCCAGCGAUCGAGAGGAAUUGAUACGCUAUCUUAAGGGCACCGAUUCUUCCCCGUGGGUGCCACAAAGCUCGUUCGGAGACCCGAGUGCCGGCCACUUUCUCUCUGAUGAGCCCGAAUACAUGGAGAAUCGACCCUUUGAGCGAAGUCUACCCAACGAUAACCCUCGUCAAAAUGAUCAGGAACUAGGAUCGCCGGCCGAUAUAGUACGCCCAAGAUCAGCGUUACAUUCGGGCGAUUUUCGAGAAGGCGCCGGAGAACAGAACGGUCAGCAACAAUUACCUCCAUCUCCUAUACCGCGAACGAGUGUUGGCCCGCAAUUUCCUCCCCUGAGUUCUUCGCCUACAACGCCAUGGUUUGCGGUCCCGACUCGUCCGUCUGCUGGAAGAGCAGUGCCGACAACUCGCUCUCGAGCUCCCUCUUUGGGAUCAUUCUCCUCCAGCUACGUCCUGAAGGCUCCGACAAGUCCAUUGGUUUACCAGGCAAACAAUACAGACUUGGACUUUUCCCCUAGGACGGAGUGCGCGGAUCAAACAGGAUUCUCGGAAAAGGCAAAUCGUCGCCGAACGCUGCCCCCAGAAACGUUCCGGCAUCUCCAAUCGUCUCCUACUGCUCAUCGAGGCGCAUUGACUUUCCAAAAUGGCCAUCCUCUUGGCGGAUGGAAUGAACAACACUCUCACAGAGGAUAUAAUCCUCGACGGUCUUUGACAUCGACAUAUAGUCUCCAGCUGGCGUCAUCGGUCCAGACGCCUUCUCCAAGGGCUCGAAGACUCUCGAUCACCUCGGAAUCUUCGCCCAGGCCACAUGCCUCGCUAGUCGGCUCAUACGAGGAGUCUAUUCUCCGUGGACGAAUGUCCAUGAACCCGUCCAAGCCCCUGGACUUCACCGCGCAGAUCGGCGUGCUUGGUAAAAGCAAAUGUAAAUCAAGUCUCAAGUGCCCGCCCCACGUCACGGUUCCUUUCCCGGCGGUUUUCUACAGCUAUCCUACGUCUGGUUACGGGCGGUCGAUUUCGGACGACAAUCCCAGUCCCUACGUCGGUUUGAUCGACCUCGAUAAUUCUCUUCCCAGGGACACGUCAGCCAGCAGCCGACGUCGCCGACACCAUCCAAGCCCUGCGGGUCCUUGCGGCGAUCAAAGCACGGAGAACAAUUUGCCCCCGAAACUUGCCGACCAAGACGCUUUACGUAAACGCGAAAAAAGGCAUCGACGGGCCGAGUCUCCCAAAUGCCCUCCCGGCGGCUGUUAUAGGAUACCACAGCAGGGCCAGUUGCAGAUCAUGAUCAAGAACCCAAACAAGACGGCCGUAAAGUUGUUUCUUGUUCCCUAUGACUUGAGUGACAUGGAACCCGGGACGAAGACAUUUAUCCGGCAAAGAAGCUAUUCUGCUGGUCCUAUCAUUGACAUGCCACUAACUGCUAGAAAGAAUUACGGUACUGACCGCCCCGAGGCGUCGUUGAAUCCCACCGAGGACCCCAAAGACAAGCCCAUCUUGAGAUACUUGAUUCAUCUGAACAUCUGCUGUCCAUCCAGGGGCCGGUUCUACCUGCACUCGAGUAUUCGCGUGGUGUUUGCCAACCGCGUCCCCGACGGCAAGGAACAGCUGCGCAACGAAAUCCAACAUCCCGAUCCGCGAUACACCCCGUACAAGCCCAUCCGGGACGUCAACCAUUCGCACGCGGUCCCCAAACCGGCGGUGGACCGAGGAUUCCAACGGUCGGCUGCGAAUCACGAGCCGAUCGUGACUUAUGACGCUCGCCGCCCCUCCAGCGACUUGGCCGAAAAUUCGUUGGCGAUACCGUCCCCAAUGCGAAGAGAUAUGGUGAAUCAUGGGCAGUCCCACUCCAUGCAGCACAAUGCCCACCCUUUCCAACCCAUCCCGUCUUUGAGAGAGGAGAUGUUCUCCUUGCACGAUCUGGAUUCCAUCGAAUCACAUCGUCUCGAUGAAGGUCGAUACCACAAGCUCAACAAAGGGGACAUCGGCUACGGUGGCUACCCCUCUGUCAGUGGUUCCGAGGCCGGGGAAAGCCUGUUGGCCAAAAGAUUAAGAGGGCUCGAUGUUCACAAGCAUGAUUGCCCCAAUCUCCACUAA